CCGCGGCGCCGGGCCCCUCCGAGGGACUGCGGGCAGGGAAGAACCUGGCCCCGCGGUGCUGAGGGAGCCGACACCGCCGCCGCCAGCAGAGCAGCCCGGCUUUGGCCAUGAAGAGGAAACAGAAGAGGUUUCUGCAAAUGACGCUGCUCUUCACCGCGGCUCUGAUUUUCCUGCCUGACAUCGGCCUCUGGUCUCUCUACAAGGAGAAGCACCUGGUGAAGCCGCCCGAAGCCGCCGAGCCGCAGACACUUCCUUUGGGGUUGGGAGAUGGACAGCUUUUUACCUGGACUGAUGGCCUGAAAAGGAAGGACUGGCACGAUUAUGAAAGCAUUCAAAAAGAUGCUAUGCGUUCAGGGAAAGGUGAACAUGGGAAACCAUACCCUCUUACAGAGGAAGACCAUGAUGAUUCUGCUUAUAGGGAAAAUGGCUUCAACAUAUUUGUUAGCAACAACAUAGCACUGGAACGAUCCCUGCCAGACAUCCGACAUCCUAACUGUAAGCACAAGGUGUACUUGGAAGCACUACCAAACACGAGCAUCAUCAUCCCGUUUCAUAAUGAGGGCUGGACUUCGCUCUUGCGCACCAUCCACAGCAUCAUCAACCGCACUCCAGACAGCCUGAUCGCAGAGAUCAUUCUGGUGGAUGACUUCAGUGACAGAGCUCGAUACCAGGAGUUUGCUGGUUCAUCUGCAGAAUAA